GGCCAGCGGCAGGUCCGUGACGAGAGCGCCCGUCUUACAGCCCAGCUGCUGCGCCGACGGCGACGCAGCGACGCAACGACAACGACGGACGGCCGAUCGACCUCCGACCGACGAUGAGCAGCGCGACGUGUGAGCCGCCGGUGACCCGGCGACCUCUGAAGGCCCGCGGGCCCGACAAGGGCUCCGCAGAGGCCUCCGCUCUGGAGCGCGAACGAUGGAUGCGACGCAUCCAGAAAGUGAAAGAGAGGAACCAAGCCGAGCACGAGAGAGCGCUGCGAGAGCAGAGGGAUCAGCUAGCUCGAGCACAUGAUGCGCAGCUGCGGCGCAUGCGCCGUGACCAUGACGACGAGCUGCGCCGAGUCCGCCUUGAGGCCAGAACGCACGAGGACCAGCUGCGGGUGCAGCUGUCGGAGGUUCAGAAGCUGACCUCCCACUCUGACCUCGGCCGACUGACCUCGGAGGUCACUCAGCUGCGAGAGGAGAAGCGACAGCUGGAGCAGCAGCUGCAGUCCGUCGUUGAGAGCGAUCGCAGAAAGGCCGACCUGGUUCGACAGACUCACGACAAAUACGAAAACGAACUACGAAAAAACGAAAAACAAACCAAGACCGAGACACGCUUACUGAUGGAUGAGCUGAAGACGAAGGAUGCUACCAUGGCCUCUUUAAAAAAGGACUUCGACAUCCUGAGGUCUCGAAACGAUGCUGGCGUCAGUCCAGGGUACACUGAGCAACAAGUUCAGACGCUGAAGACCGAGGCGUCGCAGCGUGAGGCCCGACUUCGCCUGCAAGUGGAGGAGUUAGAAGCGGCGGUCAAGGCGCUGCUUCAGUCGCAGUCGCGGGAGCGCCGCCUGCUGGAGAGGAAGAUCAAGAAGAUGGAGUGUGAACAGAAGCCGUCGCGACUUCGUGCCAAGAGGACUGCAGCGCGCCUGCACCACCUCCAGGAAAGGAGCGUCAAAGUGGAACAGAAACCGCACAUUCCGGGAGAAAACAAGCCUCAGUUGCAGAAGCCGCCAGCUCGAGCCAGUGCCGCUCUGAAGCGUCGCAAGGCUGCGCCUCCCUUGUCGGACUCGGCCGAGGUGACGCAGCUGAAACGCAAGGUGGACGAGCUGCAGAAAUGCAUCGCGCAGCUGCGGGAGACGACACAGGUCGGCACGGCGCGGCCAGGACACCCGGCAGCCACCAGACCACACCGGCUGCUGCAGGGCAAGAUGAGUGGCCUGCCGACAUUGAGGGAGGGCGAGCGCUACGACUCGCUGGAGGACCCCGUCACCGCCGUCACCGAGCAUGGCUCGGACGUCUCUGACAUCAAGCCGUCGGACCUGGCCGAGCUGAGCCGGCAGGAGCUGAGCAGCCUGAGCUCGAGGCACGAGAUGGUGACGGACAGGCAGACGGCGACGCCCUCGCUGGUGCGUGACCUGGAGGCGGCGCUGGCCAGCAAGGGCGUCGACCCGUCGUCGCUGCAGGAGAAGAGCCUCCUGACGGCGCAGAACCUGUGCCUGACCCAGCAGCUGCGCCGGAGCCGGGCGCGCGAGCUCAGGGCUGAGAACGAACUGCAGGAGCUGCGCGACGCCAACGAGCUCAUGGAGUUUCGAAUCCUGGAGCUGGAGGGCUGCCAAGAGAAGCCCAGCGAUCCGGUGGCGACGGCCGCGACGCCCGCGCUGUCCCGGUUAGAGACGGCGCCAUCAGCAGACACCGACGCCGACGACAGCCAGGUGGGUCAGCUCAGCUGCUGUCUCAGCUGCUAG